AUGGAAAAUAAGUCAAGAGUUAGGGAAUUCCUUCUGCAUGGAUUCCCUGAUACUGAGGAGCUCUGGUUAGUCCACAUCAUUGUUUUUUUCAUAAUAUACUUGGUAGCCCUCAUGGAAAAUCUCAUCAUCAUCACGGUCAUUGUUUAUAGCCAUCAGCUCCAUACACCAAUGUAUUUUUUCCUAGUCAAUCUAUCCUUGCAAGAUCUUGGCUCCAUCUCUGUCACAGUUCCAAAGUCUAUGCUGAAUUCCUUGAUGAGCACUGAAACCAUUUCUUACUCUGGAUGCCUCUGCCAAGUUUUCUUCCUCGUUUUCUUCAUGCUGUCUCAUUUCUUUCUCCUUGGUGUAAUGGCAUAUGAUCGUUAUGUAGCCAUCUGCAAUCCACUGCGUUAUGAGACCGUAUUGAACAAAAAAGCCUGCAUCCAAAUGGCAACCUGUGCAUGGAUGGGUGGCUUACUUUAUUCAGUGCUCUAUAUGGGAAAUUUAACCACAGUGGAGUUCUGUUCCAGGAUCAUCAAUCAGUUCUUCUGUGAAAUCCCUCAGUUGCUCAAGAUCUCUUGCUUUCACUCUUAUGUUGGAGAAAAACAGGCAAUCAUCUUCGGUUCUUGUUUAGCGUUUCUUUAUUUUGCUCUAGUUAUUUUCUCUUAUGUUCAGAUCUUCAGAGCAGUUUUGAGAAUCCCAUCCACCCAAGGAAAGCAAAAGGCUUUCUCUACCUGCUUACCCCAUCUCAUAGUCAUUUGUCUGUUUCUGGUAAGUGGUAAUUUUGCAUACCUGAGACCCACAUUCAGCUCCCCAUCAACAUCAGAUAUCCUGAUUUCCAUGUUUUACUGUGUGGUGCCUCCAGUCAUGAAUCCACUGAUCUACAGCAUGAGGAACAAGGAACUCAAAAUGGCAUUCUGGAAGCUGAUCCUCAAUAUUUCUUCUAACACCUUACAGAAAUUUUCUCAGUUAUGUGUACUUUAA